UUUGCUCAACGGCCCGCAGCGUGUGACGAGCCCUGAAAAUGAGUAAUCGCUGUCGUCAAAAUGAUCCUAAUAAUUUUCAUCGCGCUGCGCUUCAAAAAAAGAAUAAAACCUUCCGGAAAGGUUUUUCUUAGUUAUUUGCAAAGUUUGGUUCCAUUUACAGUUAGGCAUAUUAAUAUUGUAUACGGUAUAAUUGUAGUAUUACCGUAAACUGUAGAGGCAAUCUGCAUUAAUAUUAUAAGAUCGACUUCCGGUUGUCUUUUUUAUUACCACUAAUUUAAUCCUUUGGAUGGAGUCGCAAAAAGCCAAAGAAGCUGAAGCAUCCGCCAGCGGGGCGGGUGGUCUAACCUACGUGGACUUCGUCCCAAAAUGUCUGCGUCCCGAUUCCCUGUUGCACUGGCCGGAAUUCGAGCCCUUCUCUACGCUGAUCGGUCCAGCCAACGCCUACCUGCGCGAACACCCCCACCUGACGAUCAGCGGCUGUGAGACCAUCCAUCUGCAGGUGGAAAAGGAUCACAUCCGCAAUCCCGACCAAAGCGAGUUUGACCUGUUCGGCGAGACCGCCAAGCCUUUCGUCAAGGCGCUGCGCAUCUGGCUACAACCUCGCGACAAGAACGAAUCCCAUGAGGCACAACAGAUCGGUUACGUCAGCUUCAUUCCCAGCGUAUUGCCGAACGUUAGUCAGACACUGGCCGACCUGACCAAGCAAGCCAACGACUGGCUGCACGCCAAUCCCCUCCCGGGGCGCAUCCUCAGUGUGGAGACACUGCUGAUCCGCGGCGUUCACGGAGAAAUCAACCCCGACGCCAGCGCUUGGAAGCAGAAGACGUCGCUGGCCGCCCUCACCAAACAGACCUUCAUCCAGUCCUUCCGUAUUUUCUAUCACACAACGCCUCAUCCCGCCCACGAAGACAUUGGCUUCGUGGACUUUCUUCCGCGUAUGGUGGAGUCCGGCGGGAUGUUCAGCUUCCCCCGCGGGGAGCAGUUCACUGACGUGCUGCGGGCCCUCAACCAGUGGGUGACCUCGGUGCCCGGGAACGUCCGCUUGCUGAACAUCCAGACCCUGCUGACGCGCGCCACCCGCCAUGGGGACCCGCUAAACAUAUACACGGCCUGCUACACCGACGCGGAAUUCCACGAGUUCCAUUGGCGCUUCUUGCGGUUAGCCUUCGCCGCUCCGCGCCUGGAGCCCUCGGCACCGCCGGUCUACGCCCUGCCGACCAUCUGUAGCCGGCUCUUCGUGGCCGGCUUGACUCGCGAUCCCAAAUGGUAUCGCCGGGCUGAACUGGAGCGGCUGAGUGUGGUCAGGGAACGGCUGGACAGGUGGGUGCGGGGCAGCGGCUGCCGUGUGUUAUUCGUGGAGACGGUGACCUACAAGACCUUCACGGGCAACGAGAGGGCGGCCGGCUUCGAUUCGAUGCACACGUGGAACGAGUACCACUACGAUUCGUCUAGUAAGAGCCACCGGCCGCAAGUGGAGCAGUACGUCGUCGGCUUCCGGGUGUACUUCCAGGGUGAAGUCAGAGAAGUCACGGGAACGACGCCCGCCCGCAGCCUGGAUGACUACCGACUGGAGAAUCAGGAUAAAUGCGUAAUAUCCUGAAUUCUUCGCUGAUUGUGACCUAUCGUCUGUUUUGAUUUAACUCGGAGUCUUACUCCUGGAAUUAAGUUAUAGUACUACAGGAAUGACUCACUCGGAUUGAGUUUUAUGAAUAUUUUCCGGUAUCGGCCCUUUCUUUUUCUAAAGUUUACGAUCCUAAUGUUAAGAAACAGAUUUUUGGAACUAUGUGAAAUGUUUGUAAAACAUGUACUGUACAGCAAUAAAUUAAUUCCGCAAGAAAAACAAAUAUCC